AUUUACGUAUUCCAACAUAAAAGGAAUAGCCGACAUGCACGCUUGCAAUUGCCCCAUCUGUAAAGUGUUGAAAUUCUUCUUUUCUUCUCUUCUCCUCUCUCUCUCUCUCUCUCUCUCUAGGGUUCCCUUGCUUCUCUCUCCUUUCUCCUCUUUCCCGCUCGCUACCGUCGAUCACCGGAAUCCUAUUUUCCGACCAUAUUCACCGAUUCUCCUUCCAAGUCAUUCUGUUUCAAAUCGGAGCUGUAGUAACCUAGCUUCGGUAUUGGAACGGAAAGGAAGGGAAUAUGGCAAGUCAAACUAACCUCUCACGAAAGAGUAUUUCGUCUUCGAAGAAACCCUCUGAAUCAGGAGCGCUUCACUCUAAUGCUCGAAAAUCUAUUUCGUCUUCGCGACCCAUGGUAUUAACAGGUGAGCGAACAGUGAAAUCAUUGCGACUUACAAAGGCCCUGACUGUACCUGAAACAACAACUGUCUAUGAAGCUUGCCGUCGGAUGGCUGCCCGCAGAGUGGAUGCUUUAUUACUAACUGAUUCUAAUGCUUUGCUCUGCGGAAUCCUCACAGACAAGGAUAUUGCAACAAGAGUUAUUGCCAAAGAGGUUAAUCUUGAAGAUACACCUGUUUCCAAAGUUAUGACAAGGAAUCCGGUAUUUGUCCUUUCUGAAACUCUUGCUGUGGAAGCCCUCCAAAAAAUGGUGCAAGGGAAAUUCAGACAUUUACCUGUGGUGGAGAAUGGAGAAGUUUUGGCUUUACUUGACAUAGCAAAGUGUUUGUAUGAUGCUAUUGCCCGUAUGGAAAGGGCAGCGGAGAAAGGAAAAGCAAUUGCAGCAGCCGUUGAAGGAGUUGAAAAACAUUGGGGAACAUCUGGUUCUGAGUCCAAUACAUCAUUCAUUGAGACUCUUAGGGAGCAGAUAUUCAAGCCAUCACUGUCUACAAUCAUUCCUGAGAAUUCAAAGCUUGUAACAGUUUCACCAACAGACUCAGUUCUGACAACAACAAAGAAGAUGGUUGAACACCGCACAAGUUGUGCUGUUGUGGCAGUUGACAGUAAACCCCGUGGCAUCUUUACUUCAAAGGAUAUCUUGAUGCGGGUAAUUGCACAAAAUCUUCCUCCAGAGUCAACUCCUGUGGAGAAGGUCAUGACUCCAAAUCCAGAAUGCGUAGUAAUUGAUACACCAAUUGUUGAUGCACUUCACACUAUGCAUGAUGGAAAAUUUUUGCAUCUUCCUGUGGUUGAUAGAGAUGGCAGUGUAGUUGCUGUGGUUGAUGUGAUUCAUGUCACUCAUGCUGCUGUGGCGACAGUAAGUCAGGUUGGGAACAAUGAAGCUGCUACCACCUUGAUGCAAAGAUUUUGGGAUUCAGCCAUGGCCCUAAAUCCAAAUGAUGAUGACGAUGAUACACGAAGUGACAGUUCCUUGAAAGUGGCUUCUGAGGGAGGAGAAACAGGGAGAUCCAUUCCAUAUCUUACAUCAAGCAUGCCCAAUACAUUUUCCUUCAAAAUACAAGAUAAGAAGGGCAGAAUGCAUAGAUUUACGUGUGAUACCCGGAGCAUGACUGACGUUAUGACUUCAAUCCUUCAGAGACUUGGUGAUGAUAUUGACCCUACCAACCUUCCCCAAAUUCUGUACGAAGACGAAGAUCAUGAUAAAGUUGUAUUGGCUUCAGACAGUGAUCUUGCAGCAGCUGUGGAUCACGCAAGGACAGCUGGUUUGAAGGGAUUGAAAUUGCAUUUAGACUCCGUAGGAGCCGCUGGUAAAGCGAGAGGUUCUCGUUCCGGAAAUUAUGCUACUUCAGAUGCAUGGGCCUCAGCAUAUAGUGCCGUUGCUGCAGGAGCUGCACUUGUUGCUGGCUUAGGCUUACUAACGUACUUGAAGCGAGUUUGAUUAGAGGAAGAAGCCAGACUUUUUUAGUUUAGAGGCCAAGCUGAAGUCAAUUGAAAUUUUGGAGGGCACCGCUUGGCAUGUUUAUCUUCUGAAAUUUUUUACAACUACAUUUAUAUAUACGAGGAAAAUGUUAAAAAGCAUUUUAGCGUUUUGGUAUUGCGCUUUCUGAAAAUUGGGAUGGGGUCAUCCCUCGCUGCUUGUAAUUUUAGGUUUUGCAGUGUCAUCAACCCUGGAGAUUGUGUACAAGAACAAACGGCAUAUAGCAAAGUUGCUAUCCAUUUUUUCCAGAAAUUAUAGCUCAUAAAUCAAUUGAUCAGGAUUGAGCUCAUCGGGAAUAAUGAUUUUUGUGAUGAUGAUGUUUGUAAUUUAUCAAUAAAAAUUUGAGUAAUUUGCAG